UGCCGGCAGAGGGGAGGCACUGGCUGCUGGGAUGUGGUAAGAACAGGCUAAUUUUUUUCUGUAGGUGCUUGUAUGGGUUGAUGCCUAUGAUUUGGGGCAUCUAGGACUGAGACAUGGGUAGUGGUAAAACACUAUAAGCCAGUAAAAACGGGCUUAGAAUGAAAUUUCCAUUGGAUUCACUCAGUGUGUAGGUUAACAGUUUACAAAUAAAUGAAGAGUGUAUGUCUCAAGGAAGAAGGCAGAAUACUUAGGGUAGCCAAGACAACAUUACUAUGAGUCCUGGGAUCAAAUUAAGACAAGGAAAAGGCUGGUUAUCAGGAUCAACGGCAUAACAGUGAGAUUUAUUGAGUUGUGGAAUAGCCACCCCUGGGAAGUGACAUUCAAAACUAAACAGGCUAAAAGAUUAAAAAGGGAACAAGCCUGCACUGGCUCCUUGGGAGAUGAACUGUAUGUGACCUAAUAAGUCUUUUCCACCUUAGUUUCCAUCAUUCUGACCAAUGUCUGGAGCUUCUUGACAGACUCAGUUAAUAAAAACCCAUGAGUAACUUUCCAAGACUAGUAGCACAUCACUUGUCUGAGUAGUGCAGAAAUCCUGACCUACUCUGAGAUCUACAUUAAGGGGGGGAUUUUGGAAAGUGCACAAAUGACUUAGGCCAUGGCUACACUAGAGAGUUGCAGCGCUGGUGAGGGGGUUACAGCACUGCAACUUAGGAUGUGGCCACACUUGCAAAGCACGGCCAGCGCUGCAACUCCCUGGUUGCAGCGCUGGCUGUACACCCGGUCGAGCCUCGGGUGUAGCGAUUCCAGCGCUGGUGAUCCAGUGCUGGUCAGCAAGUGUGGACCCUACCAGUGCUUUUAUUGACCUCCAGGGUAUAAGGAGGUAUCCCAGCAUACCUUUUAAGCCUCUCUGGUAAUCCUGCACACUCCACUGCCCUGGGCUCAGCUGACCCCACCUUUAAAUGCCCCGGGAAUUUUAAAAAUCCCCUUCCUGUUUGCUCAGCCAGGUGUGGAGUGCAAUCAAUCAAUCAAGCAGCGACCAUGCCUCCACGCCCCAGACGAGCCCCAGCAUGGAACAGUUCCGAGCUGCAGGACCUCAUCAGUGUUUGGGGUGAGGAAGCUGUGCAAGCACAGCUGCGCUCCAGCCGGAGAAAUUAUGAUACCUAUGGGCAGAUAUCACAGUCCUUGCUGAUAAGGGGCCAUGAACAGGACGUGUUGCAGUGCAGGGUAAAAAUUAAGGAGCUGCACAGUGCUUACUGCAAAGCCCAUGAGGGAAAUCGCCGCUCAGGAGCUGCCCCCACGACCUGCCGUUUUUACAAGGAGCUGGAUGCCAUACUUGGGUGUGACCCCACUGCCAAUCCUAGGAGCACGAUGGAGAGUUCAGAGCAGGGAGAAGUGGGGGAGGGUGUAGAGGAAGCCGAGAGUCAGGCUACUGGGGUGGAGGGAGACACCCCGGAGUCCCAGGAGGCAUGCAGCCAGGAGCUCUUCUCAAGCCAGGAGGAGGCUAGCCAGUCGCAGCAGCGGGAAGUUGCUGGUGAAGAAGAAGCAGAGGAGCGUGCUCGGGUGACCUUGACUAAUGCAGCCGGAUCACCGGCCUCACGUCGCUUGCAGAACUUGAGAAAAAAUCCGCGAAAAUCAAAAGAAGAAUUGAUCAAAGCAGUUAUGAAUCACUACAGCAGAGAAAGUAGGAAGACGCAGGAAUGGAGAGAGAAAAUGUAUGAGUGGAGGCAAACACAAAGCAGGAGAAAGGAAUUGGCUACCGAAAAAACUUCAAAGCACAUGAUAAGCCUCCUGGCUCGCCAAACUGACUCUUUCGAGUCUCUCGUAGCCAUGCAGGCAGAUCUGUACUGUGGUAACCCACAAGCCUCCCAAAGCUCUCUUUCUUGUUCCCCAGUAUUUGCACAAAACACCUUUCUCCAGCAGCCAGUUUCUUAUUACCCCCAGCUGCCCCCAACACCUGUACGAUCACUUACCAGCCCUGAUAACUACAAUCCUUACCCUGUGCACUCCACCCCCAUUACUCUGCAGCAUAGUAAUCCUGAAGUGCAGCAGACAUUGAACAGCAAUCCAAACAAGACAUAUUCAAACCUCUGAAUGUACAGUCCACCACCCUAACCCCCCUGGCCUUUUAUGUACUGUA